ACAAGGACAACCACCCUAGCAGCAUGAGUUCACACAAUAGAAGAGAGUUAUGAGAGACACUCAGCUAUAUACCACUUAUGCGCUCACUAUUCAGUCACGGUGUAAGUUUUUGUGUGUGUUAAAGCUUUGUAUAGCUGGCUAAGAUAGCUGAUAGCUAACAGUUUUCUAGCCUAUAACCUCUGUUGUUGACAAGUGGCGUUCAAGUACCUGUGGAGUUGACUGCAUCCGCCUGGCAAACAAGCUGCAGCCAUGGGGUUGGUGAAGAGCUUCUGUGAGGCCAAUACCUCUAUCUCCCACACCUGGGUGGAUGAAGGCAUCUCCCCCUGCUUCUACUUCACACUGGUCCCUUCGGUCCUUCUGACUAUCGCCUUUUUCCUCGGCACCAUCCACUGCAUAUGCUUUCAGAAGUAUGGCACAGCAAUGGAACCCAAGUUUAUCCCUCGCUCUCGCCUAUACGGCCUCCAGCAGGCCAUCUCCAUCCUUCUCCUUGUCCAGUUUCUGAGUGGGUUAGUGUGGCAAGCUACGACUGGAGCAGAGCUCCCAGGCUAUGUCGUGCUGUACGGCUGCUUUUCUGCACUGGGCUGGGUCUGGGCUAUUGCCUUGCUCAGGGUGGAGAGACGGAGGGUCUUGGUGAUGGACCGGACUAGGGGCCACAGUGCAGCUCUUCUGCUGUUCUGGGCUGUGGCAUUCUCAGCUGAGAACCUGGCUUUCGUCUCCUGGUACAGUCCUCACUGGUGGUGGAGCCUUGAGAACAACAAACAGCAGGUGCAGUUUGCUCUGUGGCUGAUGCGAUAUGUUGGCACGGGGCUGCUCUUCUUCAUUGGUCUCAAAGCUCCCGGGUUGCCACGGAGACCAUACAUGUUACUGAUAAAUGAAGAUGAGCGGGAUGUAGAACAGAGUGGUCAGAGCCUGCUCGGGACAACAGACGAGAACCAGUCUACUUGGCAGGGUUUCUGGAAGAAGGUCCGUCUGCUUUUGCCAUAUAUGUGGCCCCGAGGCAACCUCUUCCUCCAGAUGCUGGUCGUCUUCUGUUUGGGCCUGCUGGGAGUCGAGAGGGCUAUCAAUGUCUUUGUACCAAUUUAUAACAAAAAUAUUGUGAAUGAACUGACUGAUGGCAGCAGUUGGCACACUCUGGCCACUACAGUGAUCAUCUAUGUCUUUCUCAAGUUCAUGCAGGGCGGAGGAGCAGGUGCAUCUGGGUUUAUCAGUAACUUGCGCUCCUUCCUGUGGAUCCGGGUGCAGCAGUACACCAACCGUGUGGUUCAGGUGCGUUUGUUUGCCCACUUGCACUCCCUCUCCCUGCGUUGGCAUCUGGGCCGCAAAACAGGCGAUGUGUUGAGAAGCAUUGACCGUGGCACCUCCUCCAUUAACAGCCUGCUCAGCUACAUAGUGUUCAGCAUCUUCCCAACCAUUGCUGACAUCGUCAUUUCCAUCGUUUACUUCAUCACCUAUUUCAACGCAUGGUUUGGCCUUAUUGUCUUCAUCUGCAUGGCCCUGUACCUCACUCUGACCAUCAUCAUCACUGAAUGGAGAACCAAGUACAGACGAGACAUGAAUCUGCAGGACAACAAUGCCAAGUCCAAAGCUGUGGACUCUUUGUUAAACUUUGAGACGGUAAAAUACUACAAUGCAGAGAACUAUGAGGUUGGCCGUUAUGAGGAUGCCAUCCUAAAAUAUCAGGCGUCAGAGUGGAUGACCCAGGCAACCCUGGCCUUCCUCAACCAAACGCAGAACUUAAUCAUCGGAUCAGGCCUGCUGGCCGGCUCUCUGCUCUGUGCCUACUUUGUGACUGAAGGAAAAUUUCAGGUUGGAGAUUAUGUUCUCUUUGGUACUUACAUCAUCCAGCUGUACACCCCCCUCAACUGGUUUGGCACCUACUACAGAAUGAUCCAGAAUUCGUUCAUUGAUAUGGAAUGCAUGUUCAAACUUUUUGAAGAGGAGGAAGAGGUGAAAGAUGAAGUAAAUGCAGGGAAUCUUCUCUAUAAACUAGGAAAAGUGGAGUUUGAGAAUGUUUACUUCAGCUACACAAAUGGCAAGGAGAUCCUCAAGGAUGUUUCCUUCACUGUGCUGCCUGGACAGACAGUUGCAUUGGUGGGACCAUCAGGGUCUGGAAAGAGCACUAUCAUUCGACUUAUCUUCCGUUUCUAUGACAUUCACGGAGGCUGCAUUCGCAUCGAUGGCCAGGAUAUAUCAAAAGUGAAGCAGACAUCUCUGCGAGCUCAUAUUGGCGUGGUUCCCCAGGAUACUGUGCUUUUCAACAACGCCAUCCGGGACAACAUUCGCUACGGUCGCAUCUCUGCAAGCGACCGGGAGGUGGAGGAGGCUGCAAUCGCUGCUGAUAUCCACAGUAAAAUCAUGACUUUCCCUGAAGGUUAUGAUACUCAGGUGGGUGAAAGAGGUCUGAAGCUGAGUGGAGGAGAGAAGCAGAGGGUGGCUAUAGCCAGAACUAUCCUCAAAGCGCCACAGAUCAUCCUGCUGGAUGAGGCCACAUCUGCGCUAGAUACACAGACAGAACGCAACAUCCAGGCCUCACUGGCUAAAGUCUGUGUUAACCGUACAACAGUUGUUGUAGCUCACAGGUUGUCCACCAUCAUCGGAGCAGACCAGAUUCUGGUUAUCAAUGAUGGUCGGAUUGCUGAGCGAGGGGGACAUGAGGAGUUACUACUGAAGGGCGGCCUGUAUGCAGACAUGUGGAUGAAUCAGCAGCAAGCCAUGGAUGUGGAUUCUGCGUCAGACACUGAAGCCAAAGACCGCAAUUCUGAGAAACUGCAGCCACCAUCAGCCUCUUCAGGCCACGGCCACUGAAUGUAUAUUUUUUUGUUUAGUUUUGUAAGAGAACUCUACAUUUUAUAUAUCCCUCACCUUUUUAAAGUUGAUAAAUGACUUCAGCAUCAUGGAACACUCAGUUAUGUUAAAAACAUUUUGUGUUAUUAUUUUUUUUUUAGGUUUAAAACUGAAUGUGCAAUGAGAUGUCAAAGAGACAAUAGAUUCUGCCUUAAAAAACUGAGUAACAAACACUCCUGAAGAGUCUAAAUGUAUUAAAAGACAUCAGUCUUUAUCCACAAAGUUAUACCCAAGGUUAUACCCAAAGCAGAUACAGAUACUUAUUAUGGCUUUAAUCUUUUUUGAAGAACUACAUAAUGACACUGAAGACUGAAAACAUGUUGGCUCAUGGCUUCUUCAGGAUUACACCCUGAAGUGUUUAAACUUGUAGAACCUGAAGUUGUUGGAAUAUUAUUAUUGUUACAAUUUUUUUUUGUUAGUAUUAUUAUUAUUGAAGGAGUUAUGCCAUCUUUUUUCAUUAUGUUUGUCUUUAUACCUUUUUUAUUAAUUUUUAAUUAGUUUAAGCUGUCUGGUUGUCUGUGAACUGGCCAUUUAUGUCCCCAUUGUAUCUUUAAAAUAAUCUAUGACCUGGGUCUUAAAUUAUUUAAAGAUACAAAAGGGAGCAGUGCAAGAAGUAAGGGAAUGGAAGACUCUUAUUAGAGGCUGAACACGGCAUCUUGUGUAAUUGAGAGGCUAAUGACUGAAAACUGAAUAAUAUAUGAAUGACAAUGGAUCCGUAUACAAACUGCCAGGGACUUUGUUUUAAUUUUCUAUGUUUUUGGUAGUUGGUUUCUGAGCUGUGCUGUUAUUUAUGUAUGUCUAGAUUUGAUCAUUAAGGUAAUGUGGGGUCUGUUUAUCUGAUUGCUGUGUCUUCUAAAUUGUUGUUGAGAAUUAAUGAAUACACAAUUUAAGAGAAAAUAUGGCAUUUUUUUAAAAUUAAAAACCUUUUUAGGUGCACUGAUUUACACAAAUGCCUAAACUCCAUGUCUGCCUGUUCUCUGCAGUUCUAGACAAGAGACCUUUCUCACAUCAGGCAUUUUAAGUUGUUACAUGGAUAUAAUUGAGCCAUCAAUAAAGUUAUAGAUCUGUGUUUUUGCUGCAAUAACAUGUUAAAUGUGUACCAUCAAACUAAAUAUCCUGCAGUAAUACCAACCAUUAUUCUCAUGAGAUGCAUUUAUAAGUAAUACAAUCAAUUUCUGAAUUAUAAUUUUAUUUCUUAAAUCUACCUCAAAGAAUGGUAUUGUUCAUUAUUACUACAAUUUGUAAAUAUUCUGUUUUGUCUUGACUUAUAAACAAUAAAGGUGUUUCCAGGUGUUUGUAAAAUAGAAAUAUCACAACUUCUUGUCCACUUUAUA